ACCAGAAACCGGGGGGAGAAGGCGGCUGAGCCCCAGCUCUCCGAGCACCGGGGCGGAAGCCGCGGCCCGAGCCGCGCAGGAAGCCGGGACCGGAACCUCGGCGGACCCGGCCCCACCCAACUCACCUGCGCAGGUCACCAGCACCCUCGGAACCCAGAGGCCCGCGCUCUGAAGGUGACCCCCCUGGGGAGGAAGGCGAUGGCCCCUGCGAGGACGAUGGCCGGCGCCUGCCUCGCCCCGGCCCGCAUCCCUGCCGUCGCCUUGUGGCUUCUGUGCGCGCUCGGCCUCCAGGGCACCCAGGCCGGGCCACCGCCCGCGCCCCCUGGGCUGCCCGCGGGAGCCGACUGCCUGAACCGCUUUACCGCUGGGGUGCCUGCCUUCGUGCUGGACACCAACGCCUCGGUCAGCAACGGAGCCACCUUCCUGGAGUCCCCCACCGUGCGCCGGGGCUGGGACUGCGUGCGCGCCUGCUGCACCACCCAGAACUGCAACUUGGCGCUAGUGGAGCUGCAGCCCGACCGCGGGGAGGACGCCAUCGCCGCCUGCUUCCUCAUCAACUGCCUCUACGAGCAGAACUUCGUGUGCAAGUUCGCGCCCAGGGAGGGCUUCAUCAACUACCUCACCAGGGAAGUGUACCGCUCCUACCGCCAGCUGCGAACCCAGGGCUUUGGAGGGUCUGGGAUCCCCAAGGCCUGGGCAGGCAUAGACUUGAAGGUACAACCCCAGGAACCCCUGGUGCUGAAGGAUGUGGAAAACACAGAUUGGCGCCUACUGCGGGGUGACACGGAUGUCAGGGUAGAGAGGAAAGACCCAAACCAGGUGGAACUGUGGGGACUCAAGGAAGGCACCUACCUGUUCCAGCUGACAGUGACUAGCUCAGACCACCCAGAGGACACGGCCAACGUCACAGUCACUGUGCUGUCCACCAAGCAGACAGAAGACUACUGCCUCGCAUCCAACAAGGUGGGCCGCUGCCGGGGCUCUUUCCCACGCUGGUACUAUGAUCCCACGGAGCAGAUCUGCAAGAGUUUCGUUUAUGGAGGCUGCUUGGGCAACAAGAACAACUACCUUCGGGAAGAAGAGUGCAUUCUAGCCUGUCGGGGUGUGCAAGGUGGGCCUUUGAGAGGCAGCUCUGGGGCUCAGGCGACUUUCCCCCAGGGCCCCUCCAUGGAAAGGCGCCAUCCAGUGUGCUCUGGCACCUGUCAGCCCACCCAGUUCCGCUGCAGCAAUGGCUGCUGCAUCGACAGUUUCCUGGAGUGUGACGACACCCCCAACUGCCCCGACGCCUCCGACGAGUCUGCCUGUGAAAAAUACACGAGUGGCUUUGACGAGCUCCAGCGCAUCCAUUUCCCCAGUGACAAAGGGCACUGCGUGGACCUGCCAGACACAGGACUCUGCAAGGAGAGCAUCCCGCGCUGGUACUACAACCCCUUCAGUGAACACUGCGCCCGCUUUACCUAUGGUGGUUGUUAUGGCAACAAGAACAACUUUGAGGAAGAGCAGCAGUGCCUCGAGUCUUGUCGCGGCAUCUCCAAGAAGGAUGUGUUUGGCCUGAGGCGGGAAAGCCCCAUUUCCAGCACAGGCUCUGUGGAGAUGGCUAUCGCAGUGUUCCUGGUCAUCUGCAUUGUGGUGGUGGUAGCCAUCCUGAGUUACUGCUUCUUCAAGGACCAGAGAAAGGGCUUCAGCAGACACCGCCACCGCCACCACCCACCACCCACCCCUGCCAGCUCCACUGUCUCCACUACUGAGGACACGGAGCACCUGGUCUAUAACCACACCACCCGGCCCCUCUGAGCCUGGGUCUCGCCGGCUCUCACCUGGCCCUGCUUCCUGCUUGCCAAGGCAGAGGCCUGGGCUGGGAAAAACUUUGGAACCAGACACUUGCCUGUUUCCCAGGCCCACUGUGUCUCAGAUACCAGGGCUCCAGCCCCUCUUUGAGAAGUCUCAGCUAAGCUCAGAUCCUGAGAAAGCUCAAAGGUUUGGAAGGAGCAGAAAACCCUUGGGCCAGAAGUACCAGACUAGAUGGACCUGCCUGCAUAGGAGUUUGGAGGAAGUUGGAGUUUUGUUUCCUCUGUUCAAAGCUGCCUGUCCCUACCCCAUAGUGCUAGGAAGAGGCGUGGGGUGGUGUCAGACCCUGGAGGCCCCAACCCUGUCCUCCAGAGCUCCUCUUCCAUGCUGUGCACCCAGGGCUGGGAGGAAGGACUUCCCUGUGUAGUUUGUGCUGUAAAGAGUUGCUUUUUGUUUAUUUAAUGCUGUGGCAUGGGUGACGAGGAGGGGAAGAGGCCUGUUUGGCCUCUCUAUCCUCUCUUCCUCUUCCCCCAAGAUUGAGCUCCCUGCCCUUGACCAGCCCCACCCUGGCCUAGACCAGCAGACAGAGCCAGGAGAGGCUCAGCUGCAUCCCGCAGCCCCCACCCCCAAGGUUCUCCAAUAUCACAGUCCAGCCCGCCCACUGGGUAAUAAAAGUGGUUUGUGG